CCCCAACUCCCAACAACAACAUAUACACACAACUCUCUCUCUCUCUCUCUUCUACAAACAACAAUAGCCAAAGGUUAAUUAGAGAGACAAUGAAGCACAGCUUCCAUAGUGGUGUUCCUUUGAUCAUCAUCCUUCUUUCCCUCCUUAUUUCCUUCUCCCAUACAUCAAGCGCCCGUUUCUUGGACACCAAACCACCAGGUGAAACCACUGUGAAACUUGAUGAAUCCAUCAACACCAGUGAGGGAUCUCUUGUUGAUUUACAAACCAUCAACUCCUUCUAUGAGGUGAUGGGCAUGGAGGAGUGUGGAAGCAGAGAUGAAGAGUGCUUGAAGAGAAGAGUUCUUGCAGAGGCUCACUUGGACUACAUUUACACUCAGCACCAUAGACCUUAAGUAUUCUAUAGCUUCUUCUUAAGAGGAAACCUACUUGAAUUAGAUUACUACCAUACCAUAUAUCAUUUGGUUCAACUGGGUGUGUGUAAUUUCAACUCUAAAUCUUAGCACUUUCAGUUCAAAUAUUAUAAUAUGCAUUCUAUAAGCCUCUAUAUUCUCUCAUCUUUACAGAAAUCUAAGUUCAAAUAUCAAA